CCCGGUCCAUUUUUCCCUCUCUAUCUUCAAGUCCCCGAACGGAUCUGGGGCUUUCGGGCUUGAUUCACUAAGCAGACCCGAGAACUUGGCAAAUUCGAUACUCUUUCCAGAGGUUUAAGCAGUUUUAGCUUUAGCCUGUAUAAGUUCGUCCCGAGACAGCUCGAAGAGUUUGACGAUUUUAAACUCCUCUCACACAUCACCACCUUCUCGCAUAACCACUCAUAGAAGAGAAAAACCUCUCAUAUAUACAGCACACAAUCCAAACUACCGGCCUGCAGCAGUUCGUCCCAGAACGCCCCCCUGCGGACAAACACUCUCUCAUACUUCCUCUCUUACUCUUACACGCAUAUCUACAGCCCACCAAGCCAUGGCAACAACAGCCCUAUCCGGCGCCGCAUUCGGCGCCGCCCUGGUAGCGGCGGGCGUCUACCAGCCCUCCGUCAUCAUCGCUCAGCUCAAGUUCGAGAACUGGCACAUGAUCCAGGCCUUCCUCGCAGCCGCAGCAAGCAGCACCGUCUUCGUCCUCGUGCUGGACCAGGCGGGCUACGUCCGACCCAAACCCCGCAGCCCCUCGCGUCUAGGCAUCUUCUCCGAGUACGACGGCAACAUCCUCGGCGGGUCCAUCCUCGGCGCCGGCAUGGCCCUCUCCGGCUCCUGCCCCGGCACCGUCCUCGCCCAGAUCGCCGUCGGCACCAAAUCCGGCGUCUACGUUCUCGGCGGCGCCGUCCUCGCGGGCAUCAUGUGGACCGGCUUCCUCCAGAAACUCCUCACCAGCAACGCCAGCUCGGCACCGCCCGAGAACCCCAAGCUCACCGUCCACGAGCGGGCCGGUUUGAGCAGAGCCGUCGCCUUCGUCGGCGUGGAGGCCCUUUUCGCGGGCGUCAUCUACGCCAGCAUGAAGUAUACUCCCGCCAGCCCCUACGCCGUCGUCGCUCCCACCAUCGGCGGACUCCUGAUUGGUCUGGCGCAGCUCUUCUCGCUGCUCUCUCGCAAGUCGAUGCUCGGCGUGUCGACUUCCUACGACGAGAUUGGACGGUACUUCUGGUGGGCGGUUCAGGGCGGUGGCGAAAAGGGGAAACCGUCGUAUAGCAACAUUCUCUUCUCUGCGAGCUUGGCUGCCGGCGCGUGGGCUGUUGCGACAGUAUACCCCGAGUUCGCUCUUGGUGCUGCUGAUACGGCUAUCUCGCCACAGCUGGCGGCAGUAGGAGGUUUCCUCAUUGGUCUGGGAUCUAGAAUUGGUGGAGGUUGCACUUCUGGACACGGACUCAGCGGCAUUUCACUCUUCUCAACUGCCAGCUUCAUCACAGUUGCUUCCAUGUUCGGCGCUGGCGCCCUUGUCGCCUCUUACGUCUAAUGCAGGCUGUAUAUGGGCAGGCAAGGCUGGGUUGGCGCUUGCGUGGACCAACCAAUUACCAAGCCCCGCCGCAGUUGAACGGAAAUCCAUUUAUCCUGCCGUGUAGUUACACAGCAGAAAAAGCGUGCAGUUCGUCCUAUCAUACGUAGUUGGCCGGCUGUGUGCGCAUCGAUUAGCCACCAGUCGUGCAGGCCACCCACGAGAAUUACCCCCUGUAUUUAUGUUUAUUUUCUACCUUACCGCUGGUUGCUCGAGCGUAAGGCGGUGCUCGAUAUAUCUCCCACAGUAUUUACCCCUGUAUAAUACGUGUCAACGCCAAGCAAAGGGUCCGAUGACGUUGGACCUAAUGCAAUAUUGCCUGUAGGU